GAGAGAGAGAGAGAGAGAGAGAGAGAGACUCCUCCCGCACAACAAGUCGGUUCUCCUCCUCCACCGCCGACACCAGGCUCGUUUCCUCGCGCUAAAUGCGGUGCCAUCAAUGGGCCUGACAGGAUGUGAAGCCUCGCAAGAAGAAGCAGAAGGAUGGCUAAACCGGGCUUGUCUGCAGCCAAGCUGCUGCCAAUGCUGGUGAUGGGCUUCUUCGUCUGGGCGUCUUCGGUGAAAGCCGACACUCUGCUGUCAGCUCCGCUCAAUGUGACCAUCAGAGACCUCGAGGUCAACUCGGCCAUGGUGACAUGGGAAAUCUUGGAGGGUGACCCCGUCAUUGGAUUUGCCAUCACCCAACAGAAAAAGGAUGUGCGCAUGUUGAGGUUCAUCCAGGAAGUGAACACCACCACACGCUCCUGUGCACUGUGGGACCUGGACGAGGACACCGAGUACAUCGUCCACGUUCAGAGCAUUAGCAUGGGAGGAAGCAGCCCUCCCAGUCAGCCUGUGCUCUUCAGGACGCCUAAAGAGUCGGAGAAGAUGGCAUCCAAGAGCCCUGAUGAGGUCACGAUGGAGGAGGUUGGUCAGGCCCAGCUGAGGGCCGGAGAGCUCAUCAUCAUCGUUGUGGUGCUCGUCAUGUGGGCAGGGGUGAUCGCUUUGUUUUGUCGUCAGUAUGACAUCAUCAAAGACAAUGAGCCCAACAACAACAAGGACAAAGCCAAGAACUCCUCAGAGUGCAGUACCCCUGAGCACCCACAAGGGGGGCUACUGCGCAGCAAUGUCUAGGACCAACCCUCUAUCGCCUUCUGCAAUAACGAACCUUCGAUCUCAGGACAGAAUUGUAUGCCUUUAGAGGUAAAAUUCAAAGCUGGAAAGGCAUAACAACUGCUGGGGCUCAGUGAUCAUCAGUUUAGAAAAAGGUAGAAGUGAAUGGUACAAAAUCAUGAUGCUGGAUGUUUGACCUGUUAUUUUUAGUUUUUACAUUUACCACAUUAAUAAUGACUGUGCUUCUUUCAGAUCCUGAGACCAACAAAAAGCCAUCCUCAGAAAAAAACAAAAAGACUACAAAGAACAGAUGAAACCAUUAAAGAAAUCUAUUUGACACGAUGGAGAACUUUAUGAUAUGGACAACUGAGAACUUUCAAAGUCAAGCAGACAAACAGUGAGCAAUAGAGAACAUGUCUUUUUGUUGGACUGUCGACUUCCAGCCAGCGUUCAGUGAGACUCUCGGUGAGAACUGCUUGAUUCAUACAUUUUUGUUACUUCUCAUCUGUGACAUGGAGGAGUUGAUCAUUAUCAUGGAACGUGACUGCCGGCAUCUCAUCAGGGUGACAGCUCAGAAGCGGUGGAUACUUUGGCAGCAAAAGCAAGAAUCGCUGGUCCAGGUAUCAAUUGGCACACGAGAAAAACAAGCAGAGCUCUGUUUGAAAUCAAGUACUGUCAUUUUUCUGUUCCGUGUGCAUUACCCCUUCUGUGUCUUUAUUACAGCCCUCUGUGUAGCAGCUUAUCUCGCUCGCCUCUCUGCAUUGGUGUCUUUCUUAGAAGCACAUUGCCGUGCGGUGCUCCUCCUUUUGUGAUUAUCUGAAUGCCCCACAGUCUCGAUAGGGGUCUGAUUUUUAUCACCGGGUCACAAGUAUUGCACAACGAGUCUUGUCUCCUGCCUUUAUCAAUGUCUUUGUCAACAGUUAAAUGAUGCAUCUGUUCUCUGGCCCCACGGAUUCAAACCCAACACACUUAUUACAGCCUCUCAUACUUUGCCCUGUGUGAUGAUGAUUGAACGCAGCUAUUAUUCACGCAGAGUUCAAGGACCGACCGACAGUGUCUCAUCAGAUUUAUUACAACUUUCCGCUUUGAAAUUUCAGUGGCUUGCACACAGUGCCAACUUUUAGAAGAAUGUAUGACAGAAUUUAGGAUCCUAUUGAGGCGUCAUUGCUCAUCACUGCAUAUUCAGGACCAUAUGCUGUUUGGGGUCUGCAGCAGGACACGCAGGGAAUACGGAUUGGGUCUUUUCCCUAAUGCAAAGUACGUGUGAGCUGGGUUUUGGCUGCAUUUCCCUCGUGGCUUGGCUGAUGACCAAC